AUGUCGAACACCGACUUCCUGGGCCGUGCCAUCGACACGGUGAAGAAGGCCAUCGAGAUGGACAACGCAGGGAACUACGACCAGGCAUACCAGCAAUACUACUCGGCACUGGAACUGUUCAUGCUCGCGCUGAAAUGGGAGAAAAACGCCAAAUCCAAGGAGAUGAUCAGAUCCAAAGCUGGCGAAUAUAUGGAGCGCGCAGAGAAACUCAAGGCACAUAUACACGCUCAAGAUACAAAGAAACCAGCAGCAAUGGGUGUUAACGGCAAAGCUGUGAACGGUGGUGGCAAAGGCGACAGCGGCGAUAAGGAAGAGGAGGAUGCUGACAGCAAAAAGUUACGAGGACAGCUCACGGGAGCGAUUCUUACUGAUAAGCCGAACGUCAAAUGGGAGGAUGUGGCGGGUCUGGAGGGCGCGAAGGAGGCGUUGAAGGAGGCCGUCAUUCUUCCAAUCAAGUUCCCACAUCUCUUCCAGGGCAAGCGGCAGCCGUGGAAGGGUAUACUGCUUUACGGCCCUCCCGGAACUGGUAAAUCUUACCUGGCGAAGGCCGUCGCGACAGAAGCCAACAGCACAUUCUUCAGCGUAUCAUCCUCAGAUCUAGUCAGCAAAUGGAUGGGUGAGUCGGAACGAUUAGUCAAACAGCUGUUCAAUAUGGCCCGAGAGAACAAGCCAGCCAUCAUCUUCAUCGAUGAGGUGGAUGCACUUUGUGGUCCGCGUGGAGAGGGCGAGUCUGAGGCUUCGCGAAGAAUAAAGACGGAAUUACUAGUGCAGAUGGACGGUGUCGGCAAAGAUUCGAAGGGCGUCUUGAUCUUGGGAGCAACGAAUAUUCCCUGGCAGCUCGAUGCCGCCAUCCGACGAAGAUUUCAGAGGCGAGUGCACAUCUCACUGCCCGACACGCCUGCAAGAAUGCGAAUGUUUGAGCUUGCCGUGGGCGACACCAAGUGCGAACUGUCACAGCAGGACUACAAGACGCUGGCGGCUAUGAGUGAGGGCUACUCGGGCUCUGAUAUCAGCAUAGCAGUGCAAGACGCGCUCAUGCAACCAGUCCGAAAGAUUCAGACUGCGACACACUAUAAGAAGGCAAGUCUGACGAUGCUACGCCUAGUAGCGGUUUUGCUAACAUCUUUCCAGGUUACAGUCGAUGGCGAAGACAAGUUGACACCAUGCUCUCCGGGCGACAGCGGUGCUAUGGAAAUGACUUGGGUGGACGUCGAAUCGGACAAAUUACUAGAGCCCCCUCUAGUCGUCAAAGACUUCGUCAAAGCUAUCAAAGCAUCGAGACCGACGGUGAGCGGUGAGGAUCUGAAGCGGAGUGCCGAAUGGACAGCGGAAUUCGGAAGUGAAGGUGCUUGA